UUAAGGAUUGUUUACAAAUGGCGACCGAGGAAGGCGUUGGUAAUGAUAUCGUGCAUGUUCACGGCACAACAGAGCCAGUACACGAGGCUUCUUAUUUAUUCGUCAAAGUGUUAGGGAAAGGUGCAUUUGGAGAAGCUGUUCUAUAUCGAAAAACAGAGGACAGCAGUUUGGUGGUAUGGAAGGAGAUCAGCCUGAGUCGUCUGUCGGAGAGGGAGAAGAAGGAUGCUCUGGGGGAGGUGGACAUCCUCUCCAUGCUGAACCAUGCCAACAUCAUCACCUACUACAACCACUUCCUGGACGAGGGCACGUUGAUGAUCGAAGUGGAGUAUGCCAAUGGUGGAAACCUGGCCACAAAAAUAGCCCAACACUGUGAAAGUAAUGAACUUAUUCAAGAAGAGCAAGUGGCCUGGUAUCUCUAUCAAGUAGCAUCUGCCUUACAGUACAUUCACCAGUUUGGCAUUAUUCACAGGGACAUAAAAACAAUGAACAUAUUCCUUACAAAGGCAGAUUUGGUCAAAUUGGGUGAUUUUGGAAUUUCCAAAAUCCUAGAGACAAAGAGCCAGAUGGCUGAAACAGUUGUGGGCACUCCUUACUACAUGGCUCCAGAGAUUGUCAAAGGAGACAGUUAUGAUCACAAAGUAGACAUGUGGGCCUUAGGUUGUGUUGUGUAUGAGUUACUGACCUUGAAGAAGACAUUCCAAGCCACAAAUCAGCUACGACUGGCCUAUGAGAUUGUGAAGGGUGAGCGGGGAGAUAUAGAUCCUCAGUACUCAGAGAACAUUCAGCAGUUGGUCAGCUGGAUGUUACAGAAAAAUGCCAAAGACCGGCCAUCAGCCGAGGAGUUACUGACCAGUUCAAAGUUCACACAGAUCGCUGAUGUUCAAGAAAUGGAAAAAAAAGUCUGGGAACUCAACACUUUGUCCCGAAAACUCAGACAACAGUCAUCUGUCUUCAUAGAAACUGUCCCUAUCAUCAAAUCCAAAAUUACCGAGGUGUACCAGUGGGGUGGUGGGAAACAGACACCUCAAAAACAGGACAUAUUUGUCAAGGGCAAAAGUGCAAUACAGAUCGCAGCUGGUCAUUCACAUUUUGCAGUGGUUACCAUGGAAAAAGAAGUCUAUACUUGGGCGAAUGUACAGGGUGGUUCAGAAAUUGUGGGACAGCUAGGUCAUGGGAACACAUCUGCGUACAAGGCCCCUAAGAAAGUGGAGGAGUUGGAAGACGUUAUACAGGUGUCCUGUGGGGAGGACUUCACCUUCUGUGUCUCAGAUGAGGGAAAAGUUUACGCGUUUGGGUCUAACUAUUAUGGGUGUCUGGGUCUGGAGGAGGAAGACGACACAGUUCUCUCCCCUGUCCCUCUCCCAUUUUUCUCCUCCAACCCAGUGGAGGAGAUUUCCUGUGGGGAGAACCAUGUUGCAGCCCUGACCAAGGAUGGAGAAGUUUACACCUGGGGAUGUGGUGAAUUUGGUCGCUUAGGACUUGGCUCAGAAGAUGAUUUUUCCACUCCACAAAAGGUAGCCACACCUGGGAAACACCUGUUUAAACAUGUGGUUUGUGGGAGCGAUGGCACAUUCCUGAUUACUGUAAAUGGCCGCGUGUUAGCAGCAGGCAGCAAUGAACAUAAUAAACUCGGUUUUAACUCAGAGACAUCGGGAUUGAGGAAGAGUAAAGUUCAGGUUUAUGACAUUCCAUGUAAAUACACGUUCAGCACGGUGAAGCCAUUGACGCGGUAUAUCAUCACCAAGGUGGCUGCUGGGAAGGACCACUCCGCGGCCGUUGACUUGUAUGGACAUUUGUUCACGUUUGGAUCCAAUAAGUACGGACAGCUGGGGGUGGGAGAUUUCCGCCGGCGUAAGGGGAUUUGUCGGGUGGGUGGGGGUCUGACAGGGAAGGUGGUGGAUACAGUGACCUGUGGGGAUGGAUUCACGGUGGCCUCCAUCAAUGAAAAUCAAGUGUUUUCCUGGGGAAAUGGUGCAAAUGGUCGACUAGGGGCAGUGUUCUCAGACCAGUUGAAGGGUCCUAACAACAAAUCAUCCUGUCUACCGAGGCCUAUAUUUGGCUCUCUGUACAGCGUCUCCAGUCUGGCAUCCCACCACUGGCACACCAUUGUCAUUGCUGAGAAAAUUCUUAAUCAAAAGACAUUGAAAUCAAGAGUAUCAUCACCAAAAUCCAGAGAAUCUCCACCAUGUCAAGUGGUGAUUCCUCAUCAACCAGCGCUUCACGAAGAGGAUAGCGCAUUCGCCUCGGAAGGGAUCGGAAGUGAAGACGUUUCCUCCAGUGAACCGGUGUCGGAAUCGGACGGAAUGAGCGAUUCCGGAAAUCCAUUAACUCCAGAUACAGCGGAUCGACCAAGUUCCGCUGAGUUAUUUGGCAGACCUCGUUCUGGAGAAAGACCAAGAUCCGCCGGAAGAGAAGCUUCGAUUCCGGAAGAAGAUACACAAGUUCCGGAAUGGCUUAAAGCGGAGCUAGAUGACGAUUUUAUUCCUAUGCCAGGAAGUGGACAGCCAGUCACACCAGUUUUUCCUCACCUGACCCCAGCGAUCAACCCCUUGCCGACCCCCACUAGCCCUGGCAUGAACCUUGUCGUCCCAGGAAUCACCCCAUCGCAAAUGCCGUGCGCUAUUUCGCCAGGUAGCAAGGAGAACGCUUUGCUGAGAAAGAAUGGGAGUCCCGAUACAAUCAUCAGGAGCCUCAAUGAACGGGUCCAGCUCCUGGAGGCGGAGAACAGAACGCUGAAAGAAACAAUUCAACUCCAGGACCUCAAGAUAAAAUCAUUAGAGAUGAAGAGAGCUUUGGAUGAGAAAAAAGACGGCUGACAGAUAAAAGAGGUUCGAAGCCAUUAAGAAGUCCUUGUGCAUUCCGUCCGUCAACAGUACAUGUACAUGCAU